CAUCUUCACGGGCAGGCUACCCUGUCUUCUCUGGAGCCUCAGAAACAUGAGUCACACCCUGGGGCCCAUGUCCUUCUGGGACGUGGCCGUGGACUUCACCCAGGAGGAGUGGCGGCAGCUGGACGCCGAGCAGAAGAUAAUCUACAGGGACGUGAUGCUGGAGAACUAUAGCCAUCUCGUCUCAGUGGGGUGUCACAUCCUCAAACCGGAAGUGAUCCUCAAGUUGGAGCAAGGAGAAGAGCCGUGGGCUGUGAGUGGUGGAUUCCUGCUUCCUGGUUCCCCAGAAGUCUGGAAAGUCGAUGAUCUGAGAAAGCGAGCCCAGGAGAAUGGAGACAAACAUUCAAGGGAGACUCUAUUGAUCAUCAACAGAAGCGUGACUGAGGAGAAAGGUAAUGUUCUUGGUAAAACUUUUAGUAUAGAAACAAACCCUGCGCCUUCAAGAAAAAUACCCAGUAAAUGCAACGCAUGUGGAAAGAGUUGCAAACCUGUCUCAGAAUUUAUCAGUAGUGAUGGAAGCUAUGCAAGAAUCAAACCUGAUGAAUGUAGUGCAUGUGGGAAGUCCCUGCUCCAUAUUAAGCAUGAGAAGCCUAAUCCAGCGACUAAGUCUGAUGGAUUGGAUCAGAAUGGAGAAGCAUAUACUCUUAGAGAAGAAAAUCCAUAUCAGAGCAUUCAUAUUUUGGAGAAACCCUGUCACUAUCUUGAAUGCCAGAAAGCCUUUCAGAAGGAUACGGGUUUUAUUAGCCACAUAGGGGAGAAGCCCUAUAAGUGGAAUGAAUCUGAACUAGCCAUUCUCCAGAUGUCAAACCUCAGCAAGCACCAGAGUGCUCAGAUUGAAACAAAACCCUACAAGUGCACUGCUUGUGGGAAAUCCUUCUGUAAAAAGUCCAAGUUCAUCAUCCACCAAAGGACUCACACAGGAGAGAAACCCUAUGAAUGUACACAGUGUGGGAAGUCCUUCUGCCAGAAAGGCACCCUCACUGUCCAUCAGCGCACACACACAGGGGAGAAACCCUACGAAUGUAGCGAAUGCGGGAAGACCUUCUACCAGAAGCUGCACCUCAUUCAGCAUCAGAGAACUCACUCAGGAGAGAAGCCCUAUGAAUGUAGUUACUGUGGGAAAUCCUUCUGCCAGAAGACACACCUCACCCAACACCAGAGAACACAUUCAGGAGAGAGACCCUAUGUGUGUCAUGACUGUGGGAAAACCUUCUCCCAGAAGUCGGCGCUCAAUGACCACCAGAAAAUUCACACGGGCGUGAAACUCUACAAGUGUAAUGAGUGUGGGAAGUGCUUCUGCCGGAAGUCGACCCUCACCACACAUCAGAGAACACACACAGGAGAGAAGCCUUAUGAGUGCAACGAAUGUGGAAAGUUCUUCUCUCGCCUGUCCUAUCUCACUGUACACUACAGAACUCAUUCAGGAGAGAAGCCCUAUGAAUGUACCGAUUGUGGGAAAACGUUCUACCUGAAUUCGGCCCUCAUGAGGCAUCAGAGAGUACACACAGGAGAAAAACCUUACGAAUGUAGUGAGUGUGGGAAGCUAUUCUCCCAGUUGUCAUACCUCACCAUCCACCACAGAACUCAUUCAGGAGUGAAGCCUUAUGAAUGUAACGAGUGUGGGAAAACAUUCUAUCAGAACUCGGCCCUGUGUAGACAUCGGCGAAUACACAAAGGGGAGAAGCCCUAUGAGUGUUAUAUAUGUGGGAAAUUCUUCUCUCAGAUGUCAUACCUCACUAUACAUCAUCGAAUUCAUUCAGGAGAGAAGCCCUAUGAAUGUAGUGAAUGUGGGAAGACAUUUUGCCAGAAUUCAGCCCUUAAUCGGCAUCAGAGAACACACACAGGAGAGAAAGCAUAUGAAUGUUAUGAAUGUGGAAAAUUCUUCUCUCAGAUGUCAUAUCUCACUAUCCACCAUCGGAUUCAUUCAGGAGAGAAACCUUUUGAAUGUAACGAAUGUGGAAAAGCUUUCUCUCGGAUGUCUUACCUGACCGUACACUAUAGAACGCAUUCAGGAGAAAAACCCUAUGAAUGUAAUGAAUGUGGGAAAAAAUUCUACCACAAAUCAGCCUUUAAUAGCCAUCAGAGGAUUCAUAAGAGAGGAAAUAUGAAUGUCCAUGAUGUGGAGAGACUACUAUGACAUCCAGCCUCUUGUAAUGGAUAAGAAAGUCCCCUCAGAUCAAACUGUUGUCCAAGGAUUCACCAACAGCGUGGACAAGGCUUUGCACACUUGUCAGACUGGAGGUCUGGAAGUUAACAGGUGAAAAACCGCAGUUGUCAAGCAGCAGAGGCUUGGAUGCUGGACUUAGGAGUAAAGGUGCAAAUGCAUUUGACAGUGUCAUCAUAGAUUUUUACUUGUCAGGGAAUUACCCAGAGGAACUUUUUUCAACACAAAA